AUGUCGUUGAGCAUCUCCCGCGCCGUGCUGCGGCAAUCUACCAAGCUACCCGGACGGACAGCUCGCCGCUUCGAAUCAUCGACGACAGCCAAAGCCUCCGAGGCAGCGAAAGACACGGCUUCAAAGGCCUCGCAGACUGCUGCAGACUACAAGUCGAAAGCGUCAGAAGGUCUGUCGAAGGUUACUUCGUCUGCUGGGCCCGCGAUCAGCAACGCUGCGCAGAGUCUUGGAAAUGCCCUCGGCAAGAUUGGAGGCCGGACUGGAAAGCUCAUCAAGUUUGUUGAGCGACAAAUCCCUCCAACCGUCUACUACGCGCGAGUUGGACUUGAGCUCUCCAAGAUUGUUUUCCAAGGACAGAAGAUGUCUCCUCCUCCCGUUUCCGCUUUCCAAUCAUACUAUCAACGUCUCCUCCAAAUUGCCCGAAACCCCGGCCCAGCCAUCUCACAAGCUUCCAACACUGUAUCGCAACUGCGAAGCAACCUGAACACGGCCAAAGUAGUCUCUGGAAGCGUUAUUGUGGCAGAGCUUUUGGGAUUCUGGACAGUGGGAGAGAUGAUCGGCCGGUUCAAGCUUGUUGGGUAUCACGGUGACACUGGUGCUCAUCACUGA